UUGACCGACCAGUGAGAACGAAAGUGGCUCGAUUAUUUUAAACAAAUUUAAUCUCAAGAGAUGCUGUAAGCGACAAAAUCUAUCUGGAAUGACGGCUGUAGACCUCAAGGAACAAGGAAAUCGUCUUUUUAGUGGCAGGCAUUACGAUGACGCAGCCCAGUGCUACACAAAAGCUAUUAUCAAGAAUCCAACAGUUCCUACAUACUUCACCAAUCGUGCUUUGUGUCACCUCAAACUGAAGAAAUGGGCACAAGCCAUUACUGAUUGUCGUCGAGCCAUAGAGCUUGACCCAAACCUUGUCAAGGCUCACUUUUUUCUUGGACAGGCACUCUUAGAACAAGAGAAUUAUGAUGAGGCCCUUGCAAGCUUGAAAAGAGCUUAUGAUUUAGCCAAAGAACAGAAACUUAACUUUGGAGAUGACAUAGCAAGUACUGUUCGCCUGGCAAAGAAGAAGAGAUUUAGUGUUGCAGAAGAAAGAAGAAUUAGUCAGGAAAUAGAAUUGCAGUCAUAUCUAAACAGUUUAAUUAUUGACGAAAAGAAAAGGCAGGUUAAAGCUGCAGGAAAAGAUCCAGAUGAAGAAGAGCUUGAUAAAAUUGAAUUGGAAUGUGAUCGAAGAUUAUCAGAAGUAAAUGGCCUGUUUAAAGAGGUUGAUAAAAGGAGAAAGAAGAGGGAGGUUCCAGAUUAUCUUUGUGGACGGAUCAGUUUUGAACUCAUGAAAGAUCCUGUUAUUACACCCAGUGGAAUCACCUAUGAUCGUAAACAUAUUGAGGAACAUCUGCAGCGUGUUGGCCACUUUGAUCCAGUGACAAGAACAGACUUGAAACAAGAGCAGUUGACUCCCAAUCUUGUCAUGAAAGAAGUAAUCGAUGCGUUCAUCACGGAAAACGAAUGGGUCGUGGAAGAAUACUGAAAACCAUAAUACUAUGUAAAUACAAGAGAAAUAUAUUCACACAAUUAUUUUGAUAUCAAAUACGCAACAAUUACGCUUAGUCAACUGUGGCGGUGACGAACGUAGCUUUAUUUAUAUUCGCCACUUUAGAAGCGUGAAGAAAGCUGGGGAGAGCUUCAACGCAAAGUCACAUGGGACAAGGUGAGACUCGCCGCAGAUUUCUUCCAAAGGCUUAAGUUGCUUUUCUUUUCGGUGCUUGUUUUUAAGAGGUUUCAAUGUGAAUAAAACUGUUGAAUUUUUGCCA